CCCAAUGUAUCGGAUUUGUUAGCAGUAGCGCAUCGUCCGCUACUCUCUGCUUUCUCUCUUCUCCCGAGCCUCAAAUACAUAAAACGACACGCGACCCUCUAUCAAACCUCUUCCACCUCCGACGUAGCAUCAUGUCUCUCUCCGAUUCCUUUACUAUACCCGAUGUCCCGGAGUCCGACCACGAUGACGUCGACUCCCUCCCUUCCACCUCUACCGAGAGUUUCGCAUCCGAAGACGAUUACGAUGCGCAAAAAGAGUGGGAGCAGAGUUUAGAGCAGUUACAACUUCUCUUAACUAUGAUACUAGUACCGUUUGCUGGAAAAUACCUAGGUCGCAAGUUUGCAUAUUGGAGUUGGGCUAGAUACAUGGAAUGGAUGCAUAAUGUCGAAAUACGGUGGACGAAUAAAGCAACAUUUAAAGCUUCAGGCGCGGUAGAAGCAGCGGCGACGCUCUGAAGGGGGGCCGGAGGGACCGGGUUUCUGGUAUGUUAGGAUUCGCAAAAAGGGAUAUUUGGGAGGCAUAAACCGGACGGCAUCCUAUUUGUGUAUAAUGGCAUUUACUGUGGAUAUACAGGAUAGUCUCUAGAAUGUGCCAUCUAGAGACGCAAAAAGUAAUUCGAGAAUACAUCUCAUAUAUCCCUUUCCUCCCUUUCGAUGGUUACAUGGGCCGCCUUCGGGGUCAUUUUUAAGUCAACCCAAUUCCUCAACUCGAGGGUAUGGCAUCACAAUGGUUUAGGACGAUAAUUUUCCCCUUGGUCCAAUUGUGGGAGGUAUCAUUCAGAAUCGUCUCGUCGAGGGCCACGUUUGAAGCUAAGGAUAAGCACGACUAGUUUAUUUAGCCAAUAAUGUCAUAGUGGGAAGCCUUGAUUUAUUUCACGAUCCGCACUUUACCAUAUUCAAUGCUCUGAGUGGCGAGAAUCCCAUCCACAACAGCGUCUCUCCAUUCUACGAUCUACCUCUUCAAUUAUCAUAGGUCCAUAGCCAUCU